AUGAGUAGUAAUCCAAAAAAUUUUAGUGAGCAUUAAUAGCAAGGAAGUAAAGAUUCCUAUUCAAAAAUACAUACACCGAUAAAGCGAAAAUUAUCUGAAUACGUAUUUUAGAAAUAAAGCUCAUAUGCAUAAAUACACAAACCUGAAAGACAAAAACAAAAAUCAACGCCUGAUAUUUUAUAAUUACUCAAGAAAUAUUAAAAAUGUCAUACUAAUCAAUCUUAACAUCAACCUGCUAAUUAAAAAGAUAUUGUGAACAAUCAAUAAAUAAAAAAGCAUAAAACAGUUUAUAAUAAUGAUGCAUCACCUAUUAGAGUUAGUUAAGAAGCAUUACCUUUGAAAAACAUUAUAAUUAACAGAAAAAGAACAAGUAACAGUGAUAGAGACAUUACACUUCUUAAGCUGCAAGAAUUAAAAAAGAAAAUUUAAGAAAAAGUUCCAAAUCCUCUUGAAAUUUUAGGACCAGAAACAAAUCCUAUUUCAAACAGAAUUACAUUUUAAGCAUCACUCUAAACAGAAGAGUCUAAAAUAAUUUAAAAAACAAUAGAUACUCCUGGAACAGCUUAAUUUAUGUAAUCUAAUCGAGAUGAUAAUAUGUAAGAACCAAGGAAUCCUUUUGAAAGAAGGAAUUCUUAAGAUGUAUAAAUUCUAGAAAAUUAAUUUACGCUUUAAAAAAAUGUUGAAUUAUUUUUUGAAAAAAGAAAACCUUCUUGUUGUGAAGAUAAUUUUAAGCCUGUUUAAAAAACAUAACAAUAUGGUAAACCCUACUUUGAAUCUAAUAAAGGCGAAGAUAUAUAAAAUACAAAUUUUACAAAUAGACUUGAAUGUAGAAAAAUUAUGAUUAUAUUGGAUUAAGAUAAAGAAAAAAUAUUAGAAUAAAUAGCCUUAAAUCCUGUUGAAAUUCAUAAUUCUCCAACUAGUAGUGUUUGGGAUAAAGCAUUAAAAAUUGAUAGAUUAGAUGAAUAAUUAGGAAAAUAAAAAACAGAAGAAUCUUUAAACAUCAAAUGCUAAUAAAUAAGAUCAAAAAGAGGAAGUGUAAAAAAUGAAAAUACACCAUAUUGGAAAUUGAGAGAUUUGGAAUUUAAGAAGAAAAAAAAAUGA